ACCUCAGCUUUUGGUUUUGUUAAACUUGGAUAGUGAGCAGCUGGUGAAACAUCCUAGGCUGCUUUCUUUCACCUCCCAGUUGAAGGCUGGUAAAGGACUGACUAUUGUGGGCUCUGUGCUUCAGGGAAUCUAUUUGGAUAAAUGUACAGAAACUCAGAAAGCUGAAGAGAAUGUUAAAGCCUUAAUGGGAGUAGAAAAGACUAAAGGAUUUUGCCAGAUUGUGGUGUCUCCUAAUUUCAGAGAUGGAAUAUCCUACUUGAUUCAGUCAGCAGGUCUAGGAGGGAUGAAGCACAACACAGUCCUGAUGGCAUGGCCACAGUCAUGGAAGCAGACAGAAAAUCGUUUCUCGUGGAAAAAUUUUGUUGAUACUGUACGAGAAACUACAGCAGCUCAGCAAGCACUGUUGGUGGCUAAAAACAUUGACUUAUUUCCAACAAAUCAAGAACGUUUUACUGAGGGAAGCAUAGAUGUGUGGUGGGUUGUUCAUGAUGGUGGCAUGUUGAUGUUACUGCCUUUUCUUCUUCGACAGCACAAGGUUUGGAGGAAAUGUAAAAUGCGUAUCUUCACUGUCGCUCAAAUGGAUGAUAAUAGUAUUCAAAUGAAGAAGGAUCUUCAGAUGUUCUUGUAUCAUCUUAGGCUGAAUGCUGAAGUGGAAGUUGUUGAAAUGUUUGAAAAUGAUAUUUCUGCAUUCACGUAUGAGAAGACGCUGAUGAUGGAACAGCGAUCCCAGAUGCUGAAACAGAUGCAGCUAUCAAAGAACGAAACGGAAAGAGAGAUUCAGAGCAUCACUGAUGAGUCUCGAGGCUCAAUCAGAAGAAAAAGCUACUCCAGUCCACAGUCCAUUGGCCAAGAUGUACAGGCACUGCUGACUAAUGAUUAUCAAGAGGAGGAGGCUCAGCUCAUCCAUGACAGAAACACUGCAUCACACUCAGCUUCAGCAGUCAAAGCAAGCGUGGCUGCUACUGCACCAGAAAAAGUGCAAAUGACCUGGACUAAAGAGAAGUUUGUAGCUGAAAAGCAUAAAAACAAAGAUUCAAAUGUGUCUGGCUUUAAAGAUAUUUUCAACAUGAAGCCAGAAUGGGGAAAUCUGAAUCAGUCGAAUGUCAGAAGAAUGCACACAGCUGUGAAGCUCAAUGGAGUGGUGCUUAAUAAAUCACAGCACGCUCAGCUCGUUCUCCUGAAUAUGCCUGGACCUCCUAAAAACAGAAAAGGGGAUGAAAACUACAUGGAGUUUUUAGAAGUUCUGACAGAAGGUUUGGAUAGAGUUCUCCUGGUCCGAGGCAGUGGACGUGAAGUGAUCACCAUUUAUUCUUAA